CGCCGCGGACCCAAGAUGGCGGCGUGUGGACGUGUACGGAGGAUGUUCCGCUUGUCGGCGGCGCUGCAGCUGCUGCUGCUCGCCGCGGCCGGGGCCCAGAAAUACCUGAGCCAGGGCGGCCACAGCCAGGGCCAGGGCCCGGGGGCCAAAGUUAUUUCCUUCGUAGGGCAGCCUGGAGGCGGCGGGGCAGGGGGUCAGCAGCCGCCUCAGGCAUCUCAGCUACAGCAGCAGCAGCAGCAGCAGCAGCAACAGCAACCGCAACCGCAACCGCCUCAGCCACCGCAGCAGCUUUUCCCGGCGGGUGGGCCUCCGGCCCGGCGGGGCGGAGCGGGGCCCGGCGGGGCAGGCGGCAGCUGGAAGCUGGCAGAGGAAGAGUCCUGCAGGGAGGACGUGACCCGUGUGUGUCCCAAGCACACCUGGAGCAACAACCUGGCGGUGCUCGAGUGCCUGCAGGACGUGAGGGAGCCUGAAAAUGAAAUUUCUUCAGACUGCAAUCAUUUGUUGUGGAAUUAUAAACUGAACCUAACUACAGAUCCCAAAUUUGAAUCUGUGGCCAGAGAGGUUUGCAAAUCUACCAUAUCAGAGAUUAAAGAAUGUGCUGAUGAACCAGUUGGAAAAGGUUACUUGGUUUCCUGCUUGGUGGAUCACCGAGGCAACAUCACUGAGUACCAGUGUCACCAAUACAUUACCAAGAUGACAGCCAUCAUUUUCAGUGAUUACCGUCUAAUCUGUGGCUUCAUGGAUGACUGCAAAAAUGACAUCAACAUUCUGAAAUGUGGCAGCAUUCGCCUUGGAGAAAAGGAUGCACAUUCACAAGGUGAGGUGGUAUCAUGCUUGGAGAAAGGCCUGGUGAAGGAAGCAGAAGAAAGAGAUCCCAAGAUUCAAGUCUCCGAACUCUGCAAGAAAGCCAUUCUCCGGGUGGCUGAGCUGUCUUCAGAUGACUUUCAUUUAGACCGGCAUUUAUAUUUUGCUUGCCGAGAUGAUCGGGAGCGUUUUUGUGAAAAUACACAAGCUGGUGAAGGCAGAGUGUAUAAGUGCCUCUUCAACCAUAAAUUUGAAGAAUCCAUGAGUGAAAAGUGUCGAGAAGCACUAACAACCCGCCAAAAGCUGAUUGCCCAGGAUUAUAAAGUCAGUUAUUCAUUGGCCAAAUCCUGUAAGAGUGACUUGAAGAAAUAUCGAUGUAAUGUGGAAAACCUUCCUCGGUCCCGGGAAGCCAGGCUCUCCUACCUUCUGAUGUGUCUGGAGUCAGCUGUGCAUAGAGGGCGACAAGUGAGCAGUGAGUGCCAGGGGGAGAUGUUAGAUUACCGACGCAUGUUGAUGGAAGACUUUUCCUUGAGCCCUGAGAUCAUCCUGAGCUGUCGGGGGGAGAUUGAACACCACUGUUCUGGAUUACAUCGAAAAGGGCGAACCCUGCAUUGUCUGAUGAAAGUAGUUCGAGGGGAGAAAGGGAACGUUGGCAUGAACUGCCAACAAGCGCUUCAAACAUUGAUUCAGGAGACUGACCCUGGUGCAGAUUACCGCAUUGACAGAGCUUUGAAUGAAGCUUGUGAAUCUGUAAUACAGACAGCCUGCAAACACAUAAGAUCGGGAGACCCAAUGAUCCUCUCAUGCCUGAUGGAACAUUUAUACACAGAGAAAAUGGUGGAAGAUUGUGAACACCGUCUCUUAGAGCUGCAAUAUUUCAUCUCCCGAGAUUGGAAGCUGGACCCUGUCUUAUACCGCAAGUGCCAGGGGGAUGCAUCUCGUCUUUGCCACACCCACGGUUGGAAUGAAACCAGUGAACUUAUGCCUCCCGGAGCUGUGUUCUCUUGCUUAUAUAGACAUGCCUACCGCACCGAGGAACAGGGCCGGAGGCUCUCACGGGAGUGCCGAGCUGAAGUCCAAAGGAUCCUACACCAACGUGCCAUGGAUGUUAAGCUGGAUCCUGCCCUCCAGGAUAAGUGCCUGAUUGAUCUGGGAAAAUGGUGCAGUGAAAAAACAGAGACCGGACAGGAGCUUGAGUGCCUCCAGGAUCAUCUCGAUGACUUGGCUGUAGAGUGCAGAGAUAUAGUCGGCAACCUCACCGAGUUAGAAUCCGAGGAUAUUCAAAUAGAAGCCUUGCUGAUGAGAGCCUGUGAACCCAUAAUUCAGAACUUUUGCCACGAUGUGGCAGAUAACCAGAUAGACUCUGGGGACUUGAUGGAGUGUCUGAUACAGAACAAGCACCAGAAGGAUAUGAAUGAGAAGUGCGCCAUUGGAGUCACCCACUUCCAACUGGUGCAGAUGAAGGAUUUUCGGUUCUCUUACAAAUUUAAAAUGGCCUGCAAGGAGGAUGUGUUGAAACUUUGCCCCAACAUAAAGAAGAAAGUGGACGUGGUGAUCUGCCUGAGUACCACCGUGCGCAAUGACACUCUACAGGAAGCCAAGGAACACAGGGUGUCCCUGAAGUGCCGCAAGCAGCUGCGGGUGGAGGAGCUGGAGAUGACAGAAGACAUCCGUCUGGAACCAGACCUGUAUGAAGCCUGUAAGAGUGACAUCAAGAACUACUGUUCCACUGUGCAGUAUGGCAAUGCUCAGAUUAUUGAAUGUCUGAAAGAAAACAAGAAGCAGCUAAGUACCCGUUGCCACCAGAAGGUUUUUAAGCUGCAGGAGACAGAGAUGAUGGACCCAGAACUAGACUACACGCUCAUGAGAGUCUGCAAGCAGAUGAUAAAGAGGUUCUGUCCAGAAGCAGAUUCCAAAAACAUGUUGCAGUGCUUGAAGCAAAAUAAAAACAGUGAAUUGAUGGAUCCCAAAUGCAAACAGAUGAUAACCAAGCGCCAGAUCACCCAAAACACAGAUUACCGCUUAAACCCUGUGCUGAGGAAAGCCUGUAAAGCUGACAUUCCUAAAUUCUGUCAUGGUAUCCUGACUAAGGCCAAGGAUGAUUCGGAGCUAGAAGGUCAAGUCAUCUCUUGCCUCAAGCUGAGAUAUGCUGACCAGCGCCUCUCUUCAGACUGUGAAGACCAGAUCCGGAUUAUCAUCCAGGAGUCUGCUCUAGAUUACCGACUUGAUCCUCAGCUCCAGCUACACUGCUCAGAUGAGAUCUCCAAUCUGUGUGCUGAAGAAGCAGCAGCCCAGGAGCAGACAGGUCAAGUAGAGGAGUGCCUCAAAGUUAACCUGCUCAAAAUCAAAACGGAAAUGUGUAAAAAGGAAGUAUUAAACAUGCUGAAGGAAAGCAAAGCAGACAUCUUUGUGGACCCAGUUCUUCAUACAGCUUGUGCCCUGGACAUUAAACACCACUGUGCAGCCAUCACCCCUGGCCGAGGGCGUCAAAUGUCCUGCCUCAUGGAGGCCUUGGAGGAUAAGCGAGUGAGGUUACAACCUGAGUGCAAAAAACGCCUCAAUGACCGGAUUGAAAUGUGGAGUUAUGCAGCAAAGGUGGCCCCAGCGGAUGGCUUCUCUGACCUCGCCAUGCAAGUGAUGACAUCCCCGUCAAAGAACUACAUUCUCUCUGUGAUCAGUGGUAGCAUCUGUAUAUUGUUCCUGAUUGGCCUGAUGUGUGGACGUAUCACUAAGCGAGUGACACGAGAGCUCAAGGACAGGCAACAAUGUAGGUCAGAGACAAUGGCUUAUAAAGCUUUAGCGUGGUCUCAGGGUGUGACUGGCGGUCCAACCUGACCUUUCUGCAGGCUCAAGGCUGCCUUCCCAGACAAGGUCCUUUAUGGCUCUAUGUGGAGAGGGUGUGGAAAGUUAUUACAUUAAGAGAUGGAGGCUUUUGUCCAUUUUAUUUUUCCUUUCUGUCCAUUUGCUGCAUACACCCACUGUAGUAGGCAUUGGCUAUAUGUUGUACUUUGAUGAUUCAUCAGUCUUUCCAGAAUCGGAGCUUUACAGUAGCAAUAUUCCUGGCCGUCCUCCCUCAUCCCUCCAGUGUGGAGAUGACAGGUUUGGAGUAUAAAGAGGGAGACAUGCAGGCAUCACGGUUCGACCUGGCACACCUUGGCUUGAGUUUGGGUCUUGAAGUCACAGUGGCUGCACAAGAGGACGGCAUGUACAGUAGGAGAUAUAUUUAUAUAAUAUAUAUUUUAUUAACCUGUUAGACGUCCACAAAGUGUUAUAAAUCACGUGCCUAAAACUGUCCACAUAAACCAUGGCACCCUUUCUUGCCCUGCCCCUCCUUUGCCACUGUCCACAUGUGCUGCGAGAUCUACACAAUGUCUUCCCCGAAAUGUGUUCAAUACGAAGUGGGUCAAUUUGUGGAUCAGUCGAUCCAAAUUACUCCUUGUCUAACCUGACUGACAUACAUUUGAAUACUGUGGUUUUCUUCUUUUUCUUUCUUUUUUCUUUUUGCUACCCUUCCUGGAGGCAGUGGGUUCCAGAAGCCAUCUGUAUAUCCCCCCUGCCUAGGGUACUGCAGGUCUCCAAAGGGAGCUGCUAAGCUGCUUGGUCCACUCAGUCCUGCUCUUAGGGUCUUCCUGAUUCUCAGCAACUGUCCUGGGAUUCUUCAGUCUCAUAAAACUUGAAACUCUUGGAGUCUGAGCAACAACCCCCUACUGCCACCACUGUUGUACUGAAUUGAGCUGGUACAGAUAUCCACCUCCAGGGGUUCCCACCUGGGUGGUGGGGGCUUGGGUUCAAGCACUGGGGAUGUCAUCUAAAUGUAGGCCCCGCACUGACAUGUCUGGUGUGAUUUACAAGAUAGGAUAAAUGUUCACCAUUUGAUGAGAAGGGGGGUAUUUCUCCAUCUCUGCAGUCUCCAUCCCAGUAUAUGUAAAACAUCUCCAUAGUUGAAUGUGUCUCGGUGUUUCUGUUCUUUUUGAACUGAGAGACAAUCUCAGUCGUUGUCUGCAGCAGAUCUGGAAGUUUGAAAAUGAGUUUGAUUCUUGAAACAUUUGUCAUGUUUAGAAAUGGUCAGAAUAGAAGGGAUAACUGCUGGUAUCUUCAAUUGCUGGUUGCUAGGAAGCAUUUCACCAUCGUACUUGGAAUAGUUUCAUAUGACUGGUUCUUGAGGGUCCCAGUUAGUGUUCCUGAGCAGUUUUCUACAUCUCAGGGGCCCAGCACCAUCUGAACAUGCAGCCCAACUGUAUUCUAUACCCCAUUUGGUAUAACAAAACCAGUUCUGGGGCACCUCUGAUUACUGGCCUCAUAGGUCAGUCAUGGUUGAAUGUGUCAGGCUGUGUUGGCCUGACACAUUCAACUAGUCAAAGUUGAUUAGUUGACACAAAUCAACUAGUCAGGAAGAGGAAACCAUGGCCCUAGUGGAGGGGCUAAUGCCGGACCUUGGUCUUUAUCUCGUCUCCUGAUGUCUAGCCAGUGAACAAUAACGUAAGCAAGGCUCUAGACACUUGCUGAAAAUUAUAGUAGCUAGAUAACUCAUGUGGCCUUGUCAGCUCACUCCAGUGUGUCAGGGACUCAUACUUAGUGUGCUCCACAACACUCCAGAGGCACCAGCAGAUCAGUCUCCUGGGCUGGAGGCUCCGCGAUACAGGAAAUCAGAAAUCUGGGGAAAACAUCAAGAACAAGACCGACUGCUCCCUCUAACGGAGCUACCCACAAAAGGGUAUCUCCAGGAGUGAGACCUUUAUCCUGGUGCAUCCCUGCCCUCCCUCUGCUGUUGCUGCUGUCACAAGAGAAGUCUGCUAGUGAGAUGUGCCAAUAUGGAAGCCAUAGCAAAGGCUUGGGUUCACUCCAGCAGGAAAGCCCCCGUUCUCUGCAUUCCCUAGAGACCUCUGGCUUCCACUACCAGUCCCAGUUCUGUGGAUCUGGUCAGCUUGUUCUGAGCCAGUGCGUCCUUAGAAGCUAGGGGAAUUCUAGUAUUUAGUGAGCAAGUGUUGACUUGAGUUCAUUGCAGGCCUUUGGCUUUCUCACAUCCUCCACUAACUCUUCUUGGGGACAGCGAGCAGCUCUGCUGGUGGGGAAGGAGGGAGAUUCUGCUUUCCUAGAAGAUGCAACAAAAAAUUACUACCAGAUUUCAUUUCUUCCCAUUUCCUGAGGUCACAUAAUAGAAGAAUCCAAUGGUAAAGAGGUCGGAGGCAUCCAUUUACAUUUUAUCAGACAAAGAGGAAAGGGAGUUAUGUGCUGACUUCCCUCUACCUUCCCAAGAAAAGAUUUACUCUCCUAUGUGAGUGUGACUUCUGGAAAUGGCUCCCGUCCUCCCCACCUCCAGGCUUGUGGUACUGCCUCUAGCCCAAAGAUCCCCACUGUAGUGAGUCAUCCGGGGAGGGGUGGAUUGCUUCCUGGGACCUCCUUAGCUGGUCUCAAGUUCCUUUGAGAAAAGGCCUUCACUUUCCAUUUCUUCUCCUCCCCAACCAAAAAAUAAACGUUCUCCACAUAUAACUUAUUCUAAGUAAGCAGAUAUGGAGAAGGAAGCUGAAGUAGGGACCCUUGGAAGCCAGCUAACCCAGCCUGACACAUUCAACCUAAAUUUUGGCCUUAGAACAAAAGGAAUAUGGCUUUUUGAAUCAUGUGAAUUUUGAUACGUUUACUCGCAUUUCAGAUUCUUAGGAAUUUGAGAAACCUCAAAGAUCAAAUUUGAAAAACCUCAGAGAUCCCUUUUAUUUCUCACCAUUUGGGCAGAACCUAAGUAAUUUUAUAAAAUAAGCAUUCUAGUGCCCUGAGUUUCUCCUGGUCCUUUAGGGACACUUCUCUCCUGAUUCACCUCUCCCCCACUGGUCUUGAGCUGAUCUUCUGGGCUUCCUCUCUCUCUCUUUUGUCUUUGGUUGGCUGUCUCUCUAACUAUACUCCUCUUCUCCACUGGGACCAGGGUCACAUGUUAGGGUGGUCAAGUUUGAAGUCAAAUCCCCCUUCCUGCCCAGACCUCAGAUAAUAGAUAAGUCAUUAGCAAACCCAGACUGACUCUUCAGAGUGACAGGCUCCCCCAGGCCAUCUGGUGAGAUCAGUGUGGAAGCCCAGUGACUGUUUGUCAUCUGGAGCACAAAGCUGGGACUGUCUGCUCGGGCUGGUGGUCACAGGGUCCUGAUGGUGAUUUCCUCUCGUUCCCCCUUCCCAAGAUCCACCACAAUGCACAGGUAGGGAUGUUGGGAUAUGUGCAGUGGAGAAAUCUCCCUGGGCAAGGAGGAAAUUCAGGUAGUGCCUCUGUAUUCUGUUUUUGCCUUCCCUCCAACAUAGAAUUGACACCUGGACCCCAGAGCUCCGCAGGCCCUAUGCCAGACAUGCUAGGGUGGUUUGCACAGGUCCCUGGAUAGACUGCAGUGCACUGAUGGAAUGGCCGACAGGAGAGCUGGCAGCAGGAGGCUUCCUGAGCGGCUUCUCCCAGCACAAUGUUCCCAGGUCAGUCCCCGCAGGAAAACAGACCGUACAGCAAAUGCUGUGUGAGAUCUUAGGCCUUUAACUUUUUUUUUUUUUAAGAAAAAAAGGAAAGUAAAAUUAACAAGCUUCUUUUGUAAAUGGUUUUCCUUUCUAUGUAUAAAAUCCCAGCAGUUCCUUGUUUUUACAUGUUCAUGCUGUGUAAUUUUGAGAUGUUACUGAGAAUCUGAACAUAAUGUGCAUUUUUUUCUGUACAGAUGAAAUGGGAGAAUUUAAUAAAGAGUUUGCAGGUUUUUACUUGUUAAA